GCCGGCUGAGCGGCGCUGCUGGUGUCAGAGCCCGGCGAGCGUUGGCAGUUCCGCGGCGGGGAUGCUGAGGAGCGCUGGGCUGGCGAGCAGCCGUGGCCACUGCGGACUUCCGAGGUACUCCGGGCCGUAAAAACCCCUGGGCCGCUGCCAAUCCCAGGUUCCUGAGGCCAUUCACCGCUCCUGAAGCCGGCCGAGGCGAGAGUCCAGCGGAGCAGCGGCUGUUCCCUGAUUCUGGGCUUUCGGAGCGUUCUGGAACCCCGAGAGACAUCCCGGGGCUCUAGAACCUCCCCAGCGGCCCCCAGUCCCGGCUUCCUGCGUGCGUCUGUACAAAACCCCCUCGGGUGCACCGGUCGCCGGCGAACCGUGGCCGGAUCCUGGCACACAGCAUGAUCGUUGCAGACUCCGAGUGCGGCGCGCAGCUGAAGGGCUACCUGCCAUUCUCCCCGGGCGGCGGCGGCGGCGGCGGCCCCGGGGCCGGAGAGGAGCAGAGGGGAAGUCGGACUCGGCGAGGUCCCCGAGGGCCCAGCGCCUUCAUCCCAGUGGAGGAGGUCCUUCGGGAGGGAGCAGAGAGCCUGGAGCAACAUCUGAGGCUGGAGGCAUUGAUGUCCUUGGGGCGAGUGGACAACCUGGCGGUGGUGAUGGGCCUGCACCCUGACUACCUUAGCAGCUUUUGGCGUCUACACUACCUCCUGCUGCACACAGAUGGGCCCCUGGCCAGCUCGUGGCGCCACUACAUUGCCAUCAUGGCUGCCGCCCGCCACCAGUGUUCCUACCUGGUGGGGUCCCACAUGGCUGAGUUUCUGCAGACUGGUGGUGACCCUGAGUGGCUGCUCGGUCUCCAUCAUGCCCCCGAGAAGCUGCGCAAGCUCAGCGAGAUCAACAAGUUGCUGGCACACCGGCCGUGGCUCAUCACCAAGGAGCACAUCCAGGCCUUGCUGAAGACGGGCGAGCACAGCUGGUCUCUGGCGGAGCUCAUCCAGGCCCUGGUCCUGCUCACCCACUGCCACUCGCUGGCCUCCUUUGUGUUUGGCUGCGGCAUCCUCCCUGAGGGGGACCCAGAGGGCAGCCCUGCCCCCCAGGCACCUUCACCCCCCAGUGAGCAGAGCAGCCCCCCCAGCAGGGACCCGAUGAACAACUCUGGGGGCUUCGAGGCUGCCCGAGACGUGGAAGCGUUGAUGGAGCGCAUGAGGCAGCUGCAGGAGAGCCUGUUACGGGAUGAGGGAGCAUCCCAGGAGGAGAUGGAGAGCCGCUUUGAGCUGGAGAAGUCAGAGAGCCUUCUGGUGGCUCCCUCAGCUGACAUCCUGGAGCCCUCUCCACACCCAGACAUGCUGUGCUUUGUGGAGGACCCCACUUUUGGAUAUGAGGACUUUACCCGGCGAGGGGCUCAGGCACCCCCCACCUUCCGUGCCCAGGAUUAUACCUGGGAAGACCAUGGCUAUUCACUGAUCCAACGGCUCUACCCUGAGGGUGGGCAGCUGUUGGAUGAGAAGUUCCAGGCAGCUUAUAGCCUCACCUACAACACCAUUGCCAUGCACAGUGGAGUAGACACCUCCAUGCUCCGGAGGGCCAUCUGGAAUUAUAUCCACUGUGUCUUUGGUAUCAGAUAUGAUGACUAUGACUACGGGGAGGUGAACCAGCUCCUGGAACGGAACCUCAAGGUCUAUAUCAAGACGGUGGCCUGCUACCCAGAGAAGACCACCCGAAGAAUGUACAACCUCUUCUGGAGGCACUUCCGCCACUCAGAGAAGGUCCACGUGAACUUGCUGCUCCUGGAGGCCCGCAUGCAGGCUGCCCUUCUCUACGCCCUCCGUGCCAUCACCCGCUACAUGACCUGACUGCGAGCAGGAUCUGGGCCCGGAGCAGCUGACCCUGGGGGCAUCCUCCUCCCUGCAAGGACUUCUCUUUCUGGAGACAGACCCUGAUCCUUUUCUGUCCCAGCCCCCCCUCCCCUACUCUGGAGGUUGUAGGGCUUGUGUGUGACUUGUAGCCCCUGAGCCGUACCCUCCUUUUUUCAUACCAAAACGGACAGGAUCAUUGCAUUGACCUCAGCAGAGAUCUCUGCAGAGAUCUCAGCUCUGCCCUCGGGAGCUGGAAGAGGAGGACUAGCAGAUCGCAAGGGACCAUGCCCCUCUUCCUGCCCCUGACCCCAGAGGUGGAGGGCACCGGAAGGAAAUGAGCUGAGCUCAGACUCGCGUGCCAGCAGGCUGGGCCGCAGGCAUCACAAGUACUGUGGCCUUCCUGGACUGGGAAGUCCCUGCCUGCCCCUGAAGGAGAGGGGUGGACACCUGCAGGGACUGACACUCCAAGCAGUUGUGCCCUUUCUCCUCCUCCUCCUCCCUCACUCCCAGAUUUCAUUACCUCCCACCUGCCAUUCACCCAUCAAUGUGAAAGUCAGUGUCACAGCUGGUCUGUGUGUUUGGCUCCCCAGAAGCCUGUUCUGUUGGGCAGCCUGAAGGCCCCCUGUUCCCUAGUUGCCCUGAUCCUAGUUUAGCACCUUUGACUUUCUUCACCCUCUGACUCUUUUUUUCCCAUGCCUGAUGGUGUGAGGCCCCAGAAGAGAGAUCAAGCACGUCAAAAAAGUAGAUUAUCUCUAGAGAGCUUGGGGUGUCUGUGGGUCCCUCUGACUUCUGGAGAGGAGGGAGUAUUAUAAAUUCUCUGUAUUUUUGGUU